AGGCGGCCUGGGCUGAGCCUUAGCGGAGACAAAGCCGUGGCGGUGCUGCUGGCGGCUGUGGCGAUUGUGGCGGCGACGGCAGCAGAACCUUCGGAACCGCAGAAGAACCUUUCCCGCCGUGUUCUGUCACCACCCCUUCCAGCGCGGCGCGCGGCGGCGGCAGAGGCGGAGCGGCGGCGGCACAUGGUUCCAAGCGCGCGCUGCGGUUGUUGGGUUCCCAUUCCGCGGGGAGGGACAAAGGCAGCUGCAAGCGCCCCGACAACGCCCGGCCUAGUGCGGCCCUCCGCACCGCCUUGCCUGCUGGCCUUCGGCGUGGACUGACCUCUUUGCGGAAGGAGGAGGCCACGGAGACGAGUCGCCUCAGAAGGGCUGAGGGGGGCUCAAGCCACUGCGAGCGAGCGGGGGAGGGGCGCGCCCAGGCGGCGGUGCUUUGGGUGGGUGGACUCCGGCUGUGGACUGGGCCUGGGGGAGGGAAUUUGACCCGAGGCCCUGAAGAGAUUCCGGUGGGACCACCAGCUGGGGGUGGGCCAGGCUUGACAAAAACAUCAGCUGGCUGCGCUUCACAGGCCUUUCUUCUGAGAGGGGGCGAAGCAACUCUGUCGUCGUGUUUGGCCAUUCUAGGGCAUUUUGAAGGACCCCGAAAUCAGUGGUGGUGAAGACAUGGGUAAUUGGCCAAUUCUUUGACAGAAGUUGGGGAAUACCGAAUUAGUGAAUUUCUCAGUGAUACAUUCCAUAGUAUAGGACUUUUUAGGGGAGCAACAACGCAAAGUUAAGAGUCAACCCACAUGAAGAUAGAAAAAUCAUAAACCGCAAACCCUACGACCACUAUUUCCUUCAGGAUCACCCGUAUUGUAUUCACCAGAAUUGAAGAAGUACCGCCAUUUAACACCGAGAACAAUUUAGGACUACUUGCUUAUGACGUAACUCUUCCCAAGGUAUUCCAUCAUUGUUGCAGAGAAGAUAAAAUAUCGAGAAAUCAGUGGAAGCUUUGAACACUUGUACUUUGGAUUGAAACUAGAUAACUUCGUUUAACUCCCGAGGAGCCACAGGAGUAGCAAAUCUACUGCAAAGAAGUCUUGAGAGAUCGACUCCAUUAUCGCGUAAUAGUUUUCAGCCAGUGGGUAAAGAAUUGGAGUCACAGCAGUCAUGGCUUUCGCAAACUACAGCAGUCUGAACCGAGCUCAGCUAACGUUUGAAUAUCUGCACACAAAUUCAACCACGCAUGAAUUCCUGUUUGGUGCACUUGCAGAACUGGUUGAUAAUGCCAGAGAUGCUGAUGCCACCAGAAUAGAUAUUUAUGCAGAAAGGAGAGAGGACCUUCAAGGAGGAUUCAUGCUUUGCUUUUUGGAUGAUGGAGCAGGAAUGGAUUCAAGUGAUGCUGCCAGUGUGAUCCAGUUUGGGAAAUCAGCUAAGCGAACACCCGAGUCCACCCAGAUUGGGCAGUAUGGGAAUGGGUUAAAAUCGGGCUCAAUGCGCAUUGGGAAAGAUUUUAUCCUCUUCACCAAGAAGGAAGAAACCAUGACCUGCCUUUUCCUGUCCCGCACCUUUCACGAAGAGGAAGGCAUUGAUGAGGUGAUUGUCCCUUUGCCCACCUGGAAUGCCCAGACCCACGAGCCUAUCACAGACAACGUGGAUAAGUUUGCGACUGAGACAGAACUCAUCUACAAGUACUCCCCGUUCCACAGUCAAGAAGAAGUGAUGACACAGUUCAUGAAGAUCCCGGGGAACAGCGGAACAUUGGUGAUCAUCUUUAAUCUCAAACUCACGGAUAAUGGAGAGCCGGAGCUAGACAUCAUGUCAAAUCCAAGAGACAUCCAGAUGGCAGAGACCUCCCCAGAGGGCACGAAGCCAGAGCGACGUUCGUUCCGUGCCUAUGCUGCUGUGCUGUAUAUUGAUCCCCGGAUGAGGAUCUUCAUUCAUGGGCACAAGGUGCAGACCAAGAGGCUCUCCUGCUGCCUGUACAAGCCCAGGAUGUACAAGUACACGUCGAGCCGCUUCAAGACCCGUGCCGAGCAGGAGGUGAAGAAAGCGGAACAUGUGGCGCGCAUCGCUGAAGAGAAGGCACGGGAGGCAGAGAACAAAGCUCGGACGUUAGAGCUACGCCUGGGUGGCGAUCUCACACGAGAAUCCAGGGUGCUGCUGCGGCAGGUGCAGAACACAGCCAUAACUCUGCGCAGAGAGGCUGACGUCAAGAAGCGGAUCAAGGAGGCCAAGCAGCGAGCCCUUAAAGAGCCAAAGGAGCUGAACUUCAUUUUUGGGGUCAAUAUUGAGCACCGGGACUUGGAUGGCAUGUUUAUUUACAACUGUAGCCGCCUGAUCAAGAUGUAUGAGAAAGUGGGCCCUCAGCUGGAAGGGGGCAUGGCAUGUGGCGGGGUUGUUGGAGUUGUUGAUGUGCCCUACCUGGUCCUGGAACCUACACACAACAAGCAAGACUUCGCCGACGCCAAGGAGUACCGGCACCUGCUGCGGGCCAUGGGGGAGCACCUGGCACAGUACUGGAAGGACAUUGCCAUUGCCCAGCGGGGAAUCAUCAAGUUCUGGGAUGAGUUUGGCUACCUCUCUGCCAACUGGAACCAGCCCCCUUCCAGCGAGUUGCGCUACAAACGCAGGAGAGCUAUGGAAAUCCCAACCACCAUCCAAUGUGAUUUGUGCCUGAAGUGGCGGACCCUCCCCUUCCAGCUGAGUUCUGUGGAAAAAGAUUACCCAGACACUUGGGUUUGCUCCAUGAAUCCUGAUCCUGAGCAGGACCAGUGUGAUGCUUCUGAGCAGAAGCAGAAGGUCCCCCUGGGGACGUUCAGAAAGGACAUGAAGACCCAGGAGGAGAAGCAGAAGCAGCUGACGGAGAAGAUUCGGCAACAGCAGGAAAAGCUGGAGGCCCUUCAGAAAACUACCCCCAUUCGCUCCCAAGCCGACUUGAAGAAAUUACCCUUGGAAGUGACCACAAGGCCUACCCCUGAGGAACCUGCCCGUAGACCACAGCGUCCGCGUUCACCCCCUCUACCUGCUGUGAUCAAGAAUGCCCCGAGCAGACCCCCGCCCCCACCAGUCCUUAGGCCCACCAGCCAGCUACGCAGGGCCCCUGUGAACAGCAGUGCCCCAAAGCUGCCUGCAGCGCCAGAGGAGGCCAGUACGUCCAGACUGCUGCAACCGCCCAGGGCUGCCCGGAAGCCCAGCAAUACUGUGGUCAAGGUUGUGCCUCAGCCUCCCCCUCUGGUGCAGCCCCCAACUCCACUGCCAAAUGCCAAGACGGCUCCGCAGAUGCCUUCCCUCCGAGCCAUGAAACCUGCCGUGGUCAAGAAGCCAGAGCCACCCAGCAAACUCUGUCCGGCUGUCCCUGGCCGAAAGCGCAGUUUGGGGGUCUCUGACGAGGACGAGGCUGAAGAAGAGGCCGAGAGGAAGAAGGAGAGGUCCAAGCGGGGCAAGCUGACUGUGAAGGAGGAGAAGAAGGAGAUCCAUGAGCUUUCUGACAGUGCCGGAGAAGAGGAGCCAGCUGAACAGAAGAGGGCUCAAAAAGACAAAGGGCUGCAUGUGGAGGUCCGAGUGAACAGAGAGUGGUACACAGGCCGCGUCACAGCUGUGGAGGCAGGCAAGCACGUGGUGCGGUGGAAAGUGAAGUUUGACUACGUACCCACAGACACGACACCUAGAGACCGCUGGGUAGAGAAAGGCAGUGAGGACGUGCGGCUCAUGAAGCCCCCUUCGCCGGAGUAUCCGAGCCCCGACACACAGCAGGAAGGUGGGGAGGAGGAGGAGGAGGUGGUGACCGUGGCCCCACAAGCCGUAGCCCUGGCAGAGCCCUCCACCUCGGAAUGUGUCCGCAUUGAGCCAGACACCACUGCCCCCAGCACCAACCCUGAGACCAUUGACCUGCUCGUCCAGAUCCUCCGGAAUUGUUUACGGUAUUUCCUGCCUCCAAGUUUCCCAAUCUCCAAGAAGGAGCUCAGUGCUAUGAGUUCAGAGGAGCUCAUCUCCUUCCCACUGAAAGACUACUUCAAACAGUAUGAGGUGGGCCUGCAGAGCCUCUGCAACUCCUACCAGAGCCGGGCCGACUCGCGUGCCAAGGCCUCCGAGGAGAGCCUGCGCAGCGCCGAGAAGAAGCUCCGCGAAACCGAGGAGAAGCUGCAGAAGCUGAGGACCAACAUCGUGGCGCUUCUGCAGAAGGUGCAGGAGGACAUAGAUAUCAACACCGAUGACGAGUUGGAUGCCUACAUUGAAGACCUCAUCACCAAGGGGGACUAAGGGGCAAGGCAUCACCCCCUGGCCCACCUGCCCCGAGGCAGCACCUUCCUGGGGUAGUGUUUUGUUCAAGGGUUGACGGACUUACCUUGGCUUGACUUAUAAUGGGACAUUUGUGCUUUUGGAGGGGAAAAUACUCAAUUCUUCAAAUCUGCCUCCCUAA